AUUCUCCAUUCCUCUUUCAAUAUUCCGAAGUGCUAUCCUCUCUCCUCGUUCUUCUCUCUCUCUCUCUCUCUGCUCUCCAACUGUACAUGUUGGAAAUUUUGUGCUGUCCCUUUCCUUUUGUUUUGGUCAAAAACCGAACACCUAACCGUUUUGGUGAGUGCUGGAGUGAAGGGGCGUCCCACAACGUGUCUUCUUUGACAUUUGGUUUCAAAUGGGGAAGAGGGUUUCACUCUUUUAGGUUGCAUAGUUCUCCCAGUUGAGCACAACGACAAGACCAAGAAACUCGUUGAAAAGGUGGUCCUUCUUCCUUUAUUUUCAUUCAUGGGGAAGAUCACUACUUCUGCAACGCAGCCUGUAUCUCAAGAAGCUUCCAAUUACGAUGAGGUUUUAAUGCAGCAGAGCUUGCUCUUUGAUGAUAGUCUGAAGGACUUGAAACAUCUGAGAACACAAUUAUACUCAGCAGCUGAGUAUUUUGAACUCUCAUACACCAACGAUGACCAAAAACAAAUAGUGGUAGAAACAUUGAAGGAUUAUGCCAUCAAAGCUCUUGUAAAUACAGUGGAUCAUUUAGGUUCUGUGACCUAUAAAGUGAAUGACUUGUUGGAUGAGAAGGUUGUUGAAGUUUCUGGAGCAGAGCUACGUGUAUCUUGUAUUGAGCAGAGAAUAAGGACUUGCCAAGAGUAUAUGGAUCAUGAGGGGCGUACCCAACAGUCAUUGGUGAUCAGUACUCCAAAAUAUCAUAAGCGAUAUAUCUUGCCAGUUGGGGAGACCAUGCAUGGUGCCAACCGCACAAAGUCAAAAUAUGUAGGGUGCAACCUAGAUGAUGAAGAUGACUGGUCUCACUUUAGGAAUGUUGUUCGAGCUACGAUUAGAGAAACCCCUGCAUCUACGGCAAGGAAAGGGCGAUCUCCAUCCCCAUCGCCUUCUUUACAUCCUCAGAGACCUGGAGCCUUUUCAUUCACUUCAACCAUGCCCAAAAAAGAUUCAGAGAAGCGGUCAGUUUCACCAUACCGGUUCCCACUUUUACGGACUGGAUCUCGGUCAAGUAGGCCUACAACACCAAAGAAGAGUAGACCAACUACUCCAAAUCCAAGCAGACCAACCACACCAAAUCCUUCUAAUGCAAGACAAAGGUACCCUUCUGAGCCGCGCAAAUCAGCUUCAAUGCGAUUACCUGCGGAAAGAGACAAUGGCAAAGAUGUAGAACACCACCCCAGUAAAAGUAAACGUCUUCUGAUGUCCUUACUGAGCAGGCGCAAGUCUAAGAAGGAUGACAUGCUAUACACAUACUUGGAUGAGUACUGAUACGGUAGAAUCUGUAGGAAGCAAGGGAAGGAUGUCAUAGGAUCAUGGAAACAAGUCAAUUUUGCUUGCUGGUCUUACCCAUUUGGUUUGAGAGGUUGCACUUCCCUGUCAUUUCAAAUGAACAUUUAUACGGUAGCUUUUCCUUUUCUGUCUUUUGAUUAAUGUAAGCUCCCAAUUAUCUUGUGUGAUGUUGUAAUAGUUCAACCUUUAUUUUUAACGAUGGAUCAUGUUGUUAUAUAAUUAUUCAACAAGUAAACUUGGCUUCAGAGUGCAAGAAGAAGCAAGUUGAAAUUCAGAGUGCCUAAAGCGCGAAUCAAAUCAUGUUGUUU